AUGAGCGUUCCACUCGCAUGGGAGGCCGCCAAGGCGGAGCUGGCCCAGGUCCGGGGCUUCCAGCGGGUGCAGCGCCUGGCCGUCUACGCCCGCAUCUUUGCAGCCGAGAUCUUCGGCACUGUGCUGGCGGUGCCCUUUGGCCUGCGUGCUCUCAGCCUCCACCGUUCCCUGCCCGACGCGCGGCAGCGCCAGCGAGCGGGCAGCACAGUGGCCAUCCUGCGGGACGUGAGGUACGGCCAGCGCCCCCGCAACGUCAUGGACAUCUACCUGCCUCCCAACGUGGAGUUCAGCGGCAGCCUGCAGCAGGAGCAGGCGCAGCAGCCGGGCCAGAACGGCAGCCCCUGCAGGAGCGGCAGCACAGGUAGCAACGGCGCCGCCGCCGGGAACGGCGAGGGGCCCGAGGCAGCCUGCGCUGCGGAGGGCGCCCCCAUGGUGCUGUUCUGCCACGGCGGCGUGUGGGCUGCGGGAUCCAAGUGGCACUAUGCCCCGCUGGCCACGCGGCUGGCGCAAGCUGGCGUCAUCACCGCGUACACUCUGUAUCCCGAGGCGCGUGUACCGCAGAUGGUGGCCGAGGUCAGCGGAGCGCUGACGUGGAGCCUGGACAAUGCGGCGCAGCUGGGGGGCAGCCCACAGCAGGUGUCACUGGUGGGACACUCCGCCGGAGCCCACAUGUGUACCAUGGCACUGUUGCACCGCGCCCUGGCCGCCAGCAAGGCCGCAGGCGGCUCGCCCCCGCCCCGGCCGCCGCCUGCGGCGCAGCCCGGGCAGCAGCCGCUGCCGCAGCCGCCACCAGACGCGGAGGCGGGCGGCGAGGCGGCAGCCUACGCCGACCACCGCAUGCCGCAGCGCCUGGUGGCCAUUGCUGGCGUCUACGACAUUGCCAAGCAUUAUGAGUAUGAAGAGGCCCGCCACGUGCACAAGCUGUCUACCAUGGAGCGAGCCGUGGGAGGGCCCCACCUGUUCCCGCGCAACUCCCCCGCCGUCAUCCUGGCCAACGCGCUGAGGCGGCAGCAGCAGCUGCAGCAGCAGCACAGCAGCUGGGAGGCGUUGCAGGGCGACCCUCGGGAGCUGCUGGAGGAGGCGGGGGUGGCAGCCAGCAGCGGCGACCGGUGGGGCGCCACCCCCGCCAUCACGGCGGCUGCGGCGGCGGCGGCUGUGGGGGCACAGGGUGCAGGGCCGGCGGCGGCGGCGGCGGCGGCGGUGGGACCCAGCGGGCCCACAUGCACGCUUGUGUUGCCGGCCGCUGACCAGCGGCAGCGGGAGGAGGAGCAGGAGCGGCGGCGGGAGCGGCAACCGGGCCCAGGCGGCGCAACGAGCAGCCAGGUGGCUACAGCCAGCGUGGCUGCCGCUCGCUACUACAGCUCCUUUGAGCUAGCCGGUGAAGCCAUCGCCCGCCGCAUCGGCUUUGAUCGCGUGGCACGGGCCGAGGCGGCCGCUGCGGCGGCGGCCGCUGACAGCAGGGGCCCCGGUGGCAGCGCCAUGCCCCGGCCGGCGGCGCCCGCGGCGGCAGUCCCCGUGGCCGUGCCGCCGCGCGAGGGCGACGCCGACGCCGGCGGCGGCGGUGUGGAGGAGGAAGGCAUCAUGGCGCUGACGGUGGGGGCUGCCCGCCUGCUGCCCCCCACCGUGCUUACCAGCAGCUGCACCGACGUGACGGUGCCGUGGUACGAGAGCGCGGAGCAGUUUUGGCUGCUGCACGACUGCGGCGUGCCGGCCAAGCACCUCGUGUACAACAAGGUGUCGCACGGCGACUUUGUGACGGGCUGGGCGGCGCUGCCGCGCAUCUCGGGGCAGCCCGCAACGGACGAGGGCGACCUGCCGCCCCACGCCGCAGACCUUGUCAAAAUUGUGAGCAGCCGGGCGGCGGUCAGGUAUAGCUGA